GUCUGCGCGUUUUCAUGUGAUCCGCCUUACUGGUCCCCGGUCGACGCUCCCCGGGAUCAACCCCAGUAUAUUGCACUGACAACCACCCAUGCUCUCUCGUCCGACCGCCAUCUGCCGCGCCCCCUUUCUACCCCAGACGGCCCCGCACUCUGCAAGCUAGGACCUGCCACCAUGCCCGAGUACAACAUACCGAUUCCAUUCCCGGCGAAUCCGGACUAUUCGCGACAGGCCGUCGAGGUGCCGGGCACCAGGAAACCUGGGCAGACCGGACAUUACCGCUCCACUGCAUACCCGUUCAUGACACUCGAAUCCCCCGGCACUCUCACGACAUGCUGGGAGAUCUUCGAGGAGGGUCUGCACAGAUCGAAGGGGGGACCUCUGUUUGGCCGGCGCCCACUCGUCUCCACGAGUCCUCUCAAGUUCGCAGAUCAUUACGAAUGGGAUUCAUGGCAUCGGAUCGACGAGCGAAGACGAGCCAUUGGGAGUGCACUCUGCAAUCUCUUCAGGAAGGGAGUGUUGGGUGGAGGACAACUCGAGACAGUUGGGAUCUGGAGCAAGAACUCCCCAGAAUGGCAGCUCGUGGACACAGCCUUGCAUGCAUAUGCCAAGGUAGGUGUUGCGUUAUAUGACACGCUAGGGAAGGACUCCGUCGAGCACAGCAUCAACCAUGCCGAAACAACUGUAGUGUUUGCUACCUCAGACCACGCGCAAUUCCUGUUGCAGCUCGGGCCUUCAGUUCCCAAAUUGAAAAUAGUCGUCAUCAUGGACGACAUUCCAAUCGAAAGCAAGAACAUUUUGGUUGCCUGGGGCAAGGAUAAGGGCAUACAAGUUCUGGGUCUACUCGACUUAGAAGCGAUAGGUGCGGCUGAUCUCGUCGAGCCUGUCAGGCCGGGGCCGGGCCAACUUGCCACGAUCUGCUACACAUCGGGCACAACUGGAAAUCCCAAAGGCGCACUGUUGACCCAUGGCAACCUCGCCAACGCCGUCAACGCCCAAUUGACUGGGUACGUCCCAGAUGGCGACGUUUGUGCCAUUUCCUACCUGCCCUUGGCACACAUCUACGAGCGUGUGAUGGCUCUCUGCAAUAUUGCUAUGGGCGGGCGCAUCGGAUACUCUACGGGCGACCCGCUGCGCCUGCUUGAGGACAUGCAAAUACUCAAGCCAACGUUCGUCGCCGCCGUCCCCCGCGUGCUGAACAGAGUGUAUCAAGCUGCGAUGGCCAACGCCUCGGCACCCGGCUUGAAGGGUAUGCUCUUCAGACGCGCAACUGAAGUCAAAUUGCAACAGCUGCACGCCACUGGACAGCGGACGCAUGCCCUGUAUGAUCGCCUGGUGUUCAGCAAGGUUGCUGCCGUGUUCGGCGGUAGGGUCCAGCUCAUGUCGUGUGGCUCUGCUCCCAUUAGCGCCGCCGCCAUGGACUUCCUCCGGAUGGGUAUGGGAUGUGACCUUCUUGAAGGGUAUGGAAUGACAGAGAACGGAGGAACUUGUACGCACGUAUGGCCGAACGACCCCUCAUCAGCUGGCACCGUCGGCCCUCCCUGCGCCAAUACGGAGAUUAAGCUGAUUGACGUCCCUUCCAUGAGCUACUUUGCCGAAGACAAGCCAUUCCCCCGAGGUGAAAUCUGCUUCAGAGGAGACCACAGCUUCCAGGGCUAUUACAAAGACGAGAAGAAUACGAAGUCUACAAUUGACGCGGACGGGUGGAUUCAUACCGGCGAUGUUGGCCUCAUUGACGAACGUGGCAGAUUGAAAAUCAUAGACCGUGUCAAGAAUAUCAUGAAGCUGGCACAGGGCGAAUACGUCGCGCUCGAGAACAUCGAAAACGUCUACAGCUCAUGUCCGCUCGUCGCGCAGGUCUUCGUGUACGGUGACUCACUGCAGUCAUAUAUCCUCGCUGUCGUCGUGCCCGACCCUGUGCUCCUGUCGCAGCUGUUGUCUAAGCUGGGCAAGAAUGUAUCGUCGGAUAACGUAGCAGGGCUGCAGGAGUCCUUGAGUGACCCGAAAGUGAACGUCGCGAUCCUUUCGGAGCUCACGAAGACUGCGCAGGAGAACAAGUUGAAGGGCUUCGAGAUGGUGAAACGUAUACACCUCACCAUGGAGCCGUUCACCGUCGAGAACGGGUGCCUCACACCAACAUUCAAGAUCAAGCGGAAGGAAACUUACGAGAAGUUCAAGAAGGAGCUCGAUGCGCUCUACGCCCUCCCUCUAUCUGUAUCAUCCAGGCUUUGAUCCAUCGUGGUGUCGCAACAUUUCGAGAUUAUGGUCACAUACACGGCUUGUUAUACGAUAAAUCUGUUGAGGCAUCUCAACGACGUUACUCGGUGACUCACAUAAACUGUCCUAUGGCAUAUGUUUUCGCUCCUUUUGACUGGCGCGGGUCCGUUGCGUUUGUCGAAUGGUUGCGCUCGCAAGUGAUUUCGAACAGGCGAUAUAUAAGACGAGAGACAGUAUCGAGCCGAAACUUGGUGCGCACUCUCUGCAUACACAUCUCAGUUUCAGUUGAGGGCACUCUGGUCCCGGCCUGCAUGUUGGACUUUCAUGUGUACCGCGCAUCAACCUGUAGGGCUACAGGAUUCGCCUGAGAUAUUCGUAGACGUUGAUAGCAUCGCGACGGCCGC